AUGAGUUCAAUGGUAUGGAGCUUCUUCGAGAAACCUGAGAGUCAAGUGGAUUUUGUACCAUGUUUGAAAUGUAAUGUAAUGUUGGCUUAUAAGGGAACGACGUCUGGAUUGAAAAAACACAUGAAAUCAAAACAUUUUGCUGAUUAUCAAAGAAUAAUGGUAGAAAAAGGUCUCGACGUCUCCCCCAAUCUAGACUUCUCACACUCCGAUCUCCUUCUCUCCCGGUCAUUUUGCACCGGACAAAUUCCAUUCGAAUUUGCCAAUAAUCCAGAGUUUCGUCUAUUUUGUAGUUCUUUAAAUUUUGAUUUCAAAGUUCCGGACACGAAUAAAAUGCGGCAAGCCAUCACAGUCAACGCUUGCGCAUUCAUAAAGAAUGUGGCUGCUCAACUGAAAAAUUCCAGGAGUUAUGUGAUGAUCACAGAUGCAUACUCUCACUCUAAACUGCAUGCAUGUACAUUUUUCACCGUUUACAUAGCAUUUAUUGAUCAAAUUAAACUCGAACGGAAGAUAUUGCUCUGUGGCCCCGUUUAUAUCGAGAAUGAAUCAUCGUUUCAUAUCUUCAGUGAAGUUCAAAAAGUUAUAGAAAGCGUUGGGUUAAAACCGGAAAACUGUCAAGGAACCGUUUGCGACGUGGACAAUUCUCGAGAAAACUGGUUUUUCGAAGCGAAGAAUAUUCCUUGCGCAGGCUACAUCAUACAUCGAAUAUUCGAAGAUUUCGCUGAAAGUGUUCAUAUUGUUGGCAAAGCUCGACACGAUAUUGAGAAAAUUUUCCAGAUUAUAAGAGAAAACGAAGCAUGUUUAGAUCUAGUUGUGCAAUUCCAAAAAGACUACAAAUUAAGCGUGCCGCUUCCGACCAAGUCUGGUCAGUGGGGAUCUUUAUUCACUUCUCUGCAGGCCUACGUUGCAAAUGAAGUCUACUUCACACAUAUUCCUCAUCUCAAAAAUAAAUUGCUGAACCCGAAAAUAGUGGUAGAGCUUCCGAGAAUGAUCGAACUUCUGAAACCACUUUACUCGACGCUAGAAACAUUAACUGCUGAAAACACGUUCUGUUCGGAUAUCGUGCCGAAUUUGUUGUGUGUGAAAGAAGAAUUGAAUGAAGAGGAUUCAAUACCGAAAGUUCUGGCCGAACUAGCCCAACAGAGAAUUAACGAUUAUCUCUCUAAUGAUCAAAUUCUUCUGGCAAUGGUCUCCGAUCCGAGAUACGCUUAUGUUCCGAAUCUCAUCGACCCAAGGACGUGGCAAGAGGCGGAGACACUUUUUGCUCAACAAGAAGUUCAGACGUCUGGGGAUUCUGAGUUUCUUGUAACACCCAAGACUGAAUCUUCUUUUAUUAAUGAAUCUCCAGAGAAAUCAGGAAUUGCUGGAUUUUUGAAGCGAAAGAUAAAGAGCAAAUGUAUACAGAAGACCUUAGCGUCGGAAAUCAUCCAAUAUCAAGCACUGAUGUCUACAAACCGUCCAUGUCAUACGUCAAAUCCGAUUCAAUUUUGGAAAGAGCAACAAUAUAAUUUACCUAAAAUGGCGAUGAUUUCAAUGAAAAAUUUGACUGCAAUGGCGUCAACUUCUCUGUCAGAAAAAUUGUAUAAAAAAUGUUCCGCUAUUUUGGGUAAAAAAGAUCCGAGAAUCGAGAAGAAAGAUAUCGAUUUGUAUCUGAUUGGACAUGUGAUAGCGCCAGAAGUUAAUAGGGAAUUAUUGGACGACCAAUCACAGUUCGAUUUCGCAUUCCCUGUUGAUGAAACGGAACCGGGACAAUCAAAUAUCGAUCAAUUGGGAGUAGAAUCUACGCCGACAGUAGCCGAUAGUUUUGCGCAACAAAUAAAAUCGGAACCUGUUGAAUAUCAAGAGAGACCGAUUGAGCCAGUGGUAGAACCAGUGAGAACUCUCGAAUCAGUACUCGCAGACACAUUCCGACCAAGACCAUCUCCCGAGCCACUACAAACUAUGACACCAGCUCCAAAAAUGUUCAAGCCUGUUGAACCGCCUAGAACAUAUCCAGUGCCGCCGGCUCCUUCCAGUUCUCGGCCGAUCUUUUUCAAACAUUAUCAGUUAUAA